GUUCUCUGCAGAGAUAAUGAAAAGAACUGGAGUUUCAAGCUCACUUUGGAAGAGAAAAAGAAAACUAAGUAGAAGAUCAUGGCAAGUUUAAACUGGGGAUAUGAUGGCAAAAAUGGCCCUGAACAAUGGAGAAAUCUGUAUCCCAUUGCGGAUGGAAAUAACCAGUCUCCUAUUGACAUUAAAACCAGUGAAACCAAACAUGACCCCUCUCUGAAGCCUAUCAGCGUCUCCUACAACCCAGCUGCAUCCAAGGAGAUUAUCAAUGUGGGACAUUCCUUCCACGUAAAUUUUGAGGACAAUGACAACCAGUCAGUGCUAAAAGGUGGUCCUCUCUCUGAAAGCUAUCGGCUCCAUCAGUUCCAUUUUCACUGGGGCAGUACAAAUGACUAUGGUUCUGAGCACACUGUGGAUGGAGUCAAAUAUUCUGGAGAGCUUCACAUAGUUCACUGGAAUUCUGCAAAGUACCCCAGCUUUGCUGAAGCUGCCUCCAAGGCUGAUGGUUUGGCAAUUAUUGCUGCUUUGAUGAAGGUUGGUCAGGCCAACCCAAAGCUGCAGAAAGUACUUGAUGCUCUAAGUGCAGUUAAAACUAAGGGCAAACGAGCCCCAUUCACAAAUUUUGACCCCUCUGUGCUCCUUCCUUCAUCCCUGGAUUACUGGACCUACCCUGGCUCUCUGACUCACCCUCCUCUUCACGAGAGCGUAAUCUGGAUCAUCUGUAAGGAGCCCAUCAGUGUAGGCUCGGAACAGCUGGCACAGUUCCGCAGCCUUCUAUCGAAUGCCGAAGGUGAAAAUGCUGUCCCCAUACAGCACAACAACCGACCGCCCCAGCCUCUGAAGGGCAGGACAGUGAAAGCUUCAUUCUCAUGAGCCCAAGAAGGAACUCACCUUCAAGAACACAGCCCUGCUUCUAACAUAAUCCAGUAAAAUACUAAUUUUUAAGAAACAUUGAUUUCAAUGCUACCAAGAUAACAUACCUGCAAAUUUAAUCUGUAGAAUGAAGAACUUUAAUUUUAGUUAUUAAUGCUUAUACUCAAAUAAUAAUCUGUAAGCUUGCAAAUAGUAAUCGGUAAGCAUAAAUUUAUGCUUACAUUUAACUUUAUUUGUAGAAUUCUUCUUAGUUACAAACUGCUGAGUGAUUGGUGUCUUUUCCUAUUGUAGAACUAAAAAACUGCAAUUUUGGUUCUU